CUCCGCAACCAGUGGCACCAGCUCGUCCUCUGUCCGUUAUCAAGGCUGGACAGCAUCUCAUCUCCGUCCUCGUAUGUGCUUAUAGUCGAUGCUCUUGAUAAGUGCGAUGGCGAGGGCGAUAUUCGCAUAAUUCUACAACUCUUAACUGAAGCUCGAAUGUUAAAGACAGUCCGGCUUCGGGUCUUUCUAACGAGCAGACCUGAAAUUCCAAUCCGACAAGGCAUGUAUCGUAUCCCGCAAUCCGAACACCAGGACUUCGUACUCCAAAAUAUCCCGUCGACGAUUAUUAACUAUGACAUCUCUAUAUUCCUAGAACACAAUCUG